GUGUUUUUGUUACACAAGGCGGAAGCGUAUAUUUUUUGCUGAAGCUGAAAGUGUUUUAGGAUUAGGAGAAAACGUUGUUAACGAGGAGCAACACGGUUAUUACUGACUACUCACAGGACGAAGAGGAACUUGUUUGUCGUUGUUGGUAGACGGGGUCCCUCCACUGCUUCCCAUCCGAUUCGGCUCUUCCUGCUGGGUGUUUGGCUUCUGUCCUCGCUCACCAUCAGUGCCUCUGCCUCCUGACCCAGACCCGUCCUCACCCGUGUUAACCUCUAGUUUCAGCCCCUCUCAUCCAUAACAACCUCUGUCUCUUGUCAAUGGCUGGGCGCGGUGGCGGAUCAAACAGGCCAAAUGGAGCCACGGCAGCAAACAAAAUCUGCCAGUUUAAACUGGUGCUGCUGGGGGAGUCGGCAGUGGGCAAGUCCAGCUUAGUGCUGCGCUUUGUCAAAGGCCAGUUUCAUGAGUUCCAGGAGAGUACCAUUGGAGCUGCCUUCCUCACUCAGACCGUCUGUCUGGACGACACCACUGUGAAGUUUGAGAUCUGGGACACAGCAGGUCAAGAGCGCUACCACAGCCUGGCUCCAAUGUACUACAGAGGCGCUCAGGCGGCCAUCGUGGUCUAUGACAUCACCAACACAGAUACUUUUACACGAGCAAAGAACUGGGUGAAGGAGCUGCAAAGACAAGCUAGUCCCAACAUCGUGAUCGCUCUGGCUGGAAACAAGGCGGACAUCGCAAACAAGAGAGCUAUAGACCUUCAGGAGGCACAAACAUAUGCUGAUGACAACAGUCUACUCUUCAUGGAGACAUCAGCCAAGACUGCGAUGAACGUCAAUGAAAUCUUCAUGGCUAUUGCAAAGAAGCUACCGAAGAGCGAUCCUCAGGGUGGACCCGGACAAGCGGGGCGGACCAGGACAGGAGUGGAUCUACAAGAAACUGCUCCUCAGUCUCGCAGCAGCCAGUGCUGCGGCGGUGGCAGCAGCAGCAAUUAGCAAGUACAAAACAAUGAACUUAGUGAGCGAGCCCUGAACAUCGUUUUAAGGACGGCACGUAGCUAAAAACCCAGAGAGGCAGGAGAGGGCAGAGCCAUUCGCCACCCCUGCACUUAAACUGAGAUUACAGAUGAGAUUAUCUGGAUCCUCUUUGAUUAAAGGAACUUUUUUUCUUUUUUUUAAAGAAUCAUAAGCUAGAGGGAAUAACCAAGAUCCCUCACUACUUCUCUGUCUUUCCCCUGUGUUUCUAUCUAUCUACCUCCCUGUUCAUCUUCAGCCUCCGUCUCCCUUGAUUAAAUUCUGUCUAUAAUGAUUUUGUUGAUGGGUGAUGCCGAGGUUGUUCCGCCAUUUUCCCGAUUUGUUUGAGUGUGUGUAUGUGUGUCUCUAUGUAUGUAUGUGUAUGUAUAUAGUACAUAUGCAUACAUUUACUGUAUAUUGGCAGUUUACUUUUCUACUCUUGUCAUUUCCCUCUACAUUGAUCAUCAUUAUGAAAGAUACAAAUACCCAACUACUAAUGCUGGUAUUGCAAAAGACAGAGCAAUUCAUCUUAAAGGUUUUUGUCUUAUUGCAGUUUAGAGAACAGCAUUUUGUUGUUGUUGGGGACCUGGACAUGACACAGUUAUAAGGACGGAUCUACUUUGCUUAUUGAAGCAGGUCGUGAUUUAAUAGGCUACACAUCUGAAGAUGUUUCUGAACUGUGCAACAAAUGCAGUUGUUUGCAUUCAUUGUGUAUUGAUAUCUGUAACACCAGAGAGUGGUUAGCCUUUUUUAAAAGAAAUGUUAAAAUAACUUGUAAAUCUAAAAAAAAAAAAAAAGGAAUAAAUAACAUGCAAGAAUGCUUU